AUGCCCGCUGAACAUCUCACUCUUGAUCACGAAGGGAAACACGCCCCUCCAAAGGGAUUUGCUGAAAGAUCACUUUCCAAGCCAAAUCUCCCAGACUUUGCGACUUACGAGAAGUUGUAUAAAGAAUCUAUCGAGAACCCAUCUAAAUUUUUUGGUGAACAGGCACUUGAUACCUUGUCUUGGUCAAGAAAGUUCGACCAGACAAGAUAUCCAGAAUCUCCAAAGGAUGAUUUCAAGAAUGGUGAUAUCCCUGCUUGGUUCGUGGGAGGUGAAUUGAACGCUUCUUAUAAUGCCAUUGACCGUUGGGCAAUCAAAAACCCAGACAAACCAGCAAUUAUUUACGAAGCUGAUGAAGUUUCUGAGGGAAGGAUUAUUACAUAUGGAGAAUUACUUAAAGAAGUCUCUAAAUUGGCCCAAGCUUUGACUAAAUUGGGUGUUAAGAAAGGUGACUCCGUGGCUGUUUACUUACCAAUGAUUCCUGAGGCACUUGUGACUUUGUUGGCAAUCGUCAGAAUUGGUGCCGUCCAUUCUGUUGUCUUUGCUGGUUUUUCAUCGACUUCUUUGAAGGAUCGUAUCUUGGAUGCAGACUCUAGAAUUGUCAUUACUGCUGAUGAAUCCAAGAGAGGUGGUAAGACUAUUGAAACCAAGAAAAUCGUGGAUGACGCUUUGAAGGACUGCCCUAACGUUCGUAACGUUAUAGUUUUUGAAAGAACAGGAAACCUGCACGUUCCAUUCCAAAAGGGUAGAGAUUUGUGGUGGCACGAAGAAGUGGCUAAAUAUGGUCCAUACUUCCCACCAGUUCCUGUUAACUCUGAAGAUCCAUUGUUUUUGUUGUACACGUCUGGUUCCACAGGAAAGCCAAAGGGGGUUCAACAUAAUACUGCUGGUUACUUGUUGGGAGCUCUUUUGACUACUAAAUAUACAUUUGAUGUCCAUGAAGAAGAUAUCAUUUUUACUGCUGGAGACAUUGGGUGGAUUACUGGUCAUACUUAUGUUGUUUAUGGUCCAUUGCUUAAUGGUGCCACUACCGUUGUCUUUGAAGGUACCCCAGCCUACCCUAACUAUUCAAGAUAUUGGGAAAUUGUUGACAAGUACAAGGUAAACCAAUUUUACGUAGCUCCAACUGCUUUAAGAUUAUUAAAGAGAGCUGGAACUAAGCACAUUGAACCUUAUGAUUUAUCAAGCUUGAGAGUCUUAGGUUCUGUUGGUGAACCAAUUGCUGCAGAAGUCUGGCAUUGGUAUAACGAUAACAUUGGUAGGGGAAAGGCUCAUAUUGUGGAUACUUAUUGGCAAACUGAAUCUGGUUCCCACUUACUUACUCCAUUAGCUGGUAUCACAUCUACCAAGCCAGGAAGUGCUUCCUUGCCAUUUUUUGGUAUCGAUGCAAAGAUCUUAGAUCCUGUCACAGGGGAAGAAUUGACCGAUGCUAAUGUUGAAGGUGUUUUGGCUAUCAAGAACGCAUGGCCUUCAAUCACAAGAGGUAUUUUCAAUGAUUAUGCUAGAUACAUUGAAACUUACUUGAAGCCAUACCCAAACUAUUACUUCUCAGGUGACGGAGCUGCAAGGGAUGCCGAUGGGUUCUUCUGGAUAUUGGGUAGGGUUGAUGAUGUUGUCAAUGUUUCUGGGCAUAGAUUGUCUACUGCAGAAAUUGAAGCUGCAUUAAUCGAACAUGAAUUAGUCGGUGAGCUGGCAGUGGUUGGAUACAGUGAUGAUUUGACUGGUCAAGCAGUAGCUGCGUAUGUUUCAUUGAAGUCUACUCCAACUGGGGCAAGUAGCGAAGAUUUAGAUGCAAUUAAAAAGGAGUUGAUUUUGACUGUUAGAAAGGAAAUUGGUCCCUUUGCUGCUCCUAAGUUAAUCUUGUUAGUGGACGACUUGCCAAAGACAAGAUCUGGAAAGAUUAUGAGAAGAAUUUUGAGAAAGAUCUUGGCUGGAGAAGAAGACCAAUUAGGUGACAUAUCAACUUUGUCAAACCCAGCAAUUGUUGCUCAUAUUAUUGAGGUUGUGAAAAGUUCUUCCAAGAAGAAGUAA